AAAGGUGCUCUGGAUUCUGGAUUGAUUGGAACGAGGAGAACAAAACCGGCAUUGUUUUGACAACCGCACAUUUAUUUAGCUCAAAGGGCUGUUCUAUUGAACAAAAGGGAGAGGGAGUUGAAAAAGAGUAUGCUGCUUAUGGCGAGGUGAAGUAUUAUCCUCAUGCUAAGGUUACUGUUCACCUGCCGGAUGGAUCCGCCGCAGUGGCCCACCUGAUCUACCACCAGGAGCAGUAUGAUCUUGCUUUUUUUAGAGUUAGAGUGGAUCAAUCGGUUCAGUUACCAUCUUUUAAUGAUGGAGUAAAAUGGGGUCAACUCGUCUUCUGGCUUGGAAGAGAUGCCAAGUUCAAUCUAACGAUGACCCAUCUUAGGCCGGGAUAUAAGAAUCCAAACAUAUAUCAACGACCUCAUUACAUGUUCUUUCCAGGUAAAGAACAUAUUAUUAAGUAUGACAAUGGGGGGCCGAUCAUUGACUUGGAUGCAAAGAUCGUGGGAAUGAUUAACUGUCAUAGGAGUGGGUCUUUUAUACCUUCUUCUGUUUUGCUCAAGUGCUUGGAUUUGUGGAAGGAAUUUGGAUGCAUCCCCCGCCCCCAGCUUGGAUUGGCGUUUUCAGGUAUCAAGCUUUUAGAUAUUGUUCAAGUGGAUAAGAUAUGGCGCAAGUACAAGAUUGAUGAUGGUCUUAUUGUUAACGAGGUAUUGAAAGGAUCACAAGCGGAGGAAAUCGGAAUCCGAAGAGGUGAUAUUAUUGAAUGUUUUAAUGGAGAGCGCAUUUCUACUACAGUUCAGCUGGAGAACUUGUUGCUGAGCCUAUGCAAAUCAGCUGGAAAUGGCCGUGAUUCCAAAAUCCAUGUUUCAGUUGAGGUGUUCCAUGUACGCAAGCUUCGCCGGAAGAUAAGAAAGUUCAGUAUAGGUGUAUCUGAGCAUCGGGAAUUUAUUGACAGAGCUUAUAAAACUGUCACUCUUGAGUGAAGAAGGGACUUGUGCUGCUUCGGCGUCAACCUGACCAAGUUGAUCAACGUGAACUAUGUGUGAUAGAUAGAUGAUGUCAUAACUUGUAAGAAUUAGCUACUUUUGUAAUGGAACGGUGAGCAUCUCAAGGAAGUAAGAAGCAACUGUUACUUAACCAAACGAGCACAACGUGGCAGAUUGAUCCGGGAGGAUACGGUGCUGGAUAGAGGAGGAGCCGUGCCUUCAAGUUUGUCCACCUACGACAGAGCCUGUUCUGCAUGCAUUAGAAGCCCUGGUGAAGCAGGUCAUGAAACUCAAGCCAAUGGAUGCUGCCAAGAUCCCAAAGGUCCACGAGCAGACCAAGCUCAAUGUAUAGUCAGUUUCUGUGGCAGCCACUUACGAUUUCUAGCGGUUUUGUGCGGCUUAGUGGCGCCGCGACAGACGACUCUGCGCUCCGCCUACACUCUGAUGCCAACUAC